AGUUUUGUACAAUUUUUUUCACACACAGACCUCUAAAACAUAGACAUCAAAGAAUUUUCAAAUUUUUUAAUAGAAAAACUCCAGUGAAAAACGUGAAAAACUAAUGAAAAUUUCCGUCAACAUGUUUGCCUUGCGAAGCAUAUGAAAUUUCGUAUAAAAAUCAGUGAAUUUCCAAUGAAAAUCCACAUUUUCUAAUAGACGACGGAUCAAAGAAAACAAGCAAUUAUGGGAAAAAAUCUAUAAUCUGGAAGGUGUAACACAAAAAAACGACGAAAUACGAUUUUUAUUGCCGUGAAAGCUAUUUUCCAAAGAAAGCAAGAAAAAACCCCCCAAACAAUAAUCAUGGCUAAAUUUAUGUGAAAACUGGAAAGAAAACAACCCCUCCCAAACACCAAACAAUUGGUUGUAGUUUGGUUCUGCAGAAGAAAUUCGUUUGGAAGUGCAAGUGUUUUUUAGAGAGAAACAAAAAUAGGAACACAAAAACUUUCGGAGCCGAAAUGCCUAUACCGAACAGCACAUCGGCCCAACAGCUGCGUCCAUUAACACUGGCCGGGCCAGAGCGUGAACCUGUGCAAUUUACCGUCAACCUGGUGGGGGCACCGGCUGAAGUUGAACAAUUGGUACAGCAAAUCAAAACGGUUGCAGAACAAUUUCUCUAUCACUGGAAGACAUUUCCAAUAGUUCUACCCCAACCCUUAUCUGCCGCUGCCUUAACCUUAGGCGGUGGCGCAUCAGCUGGCAAUAAUGGCUCCAACACGGUCGGCAAUCGCAAGCCGCGACCCAUCAACUUACGUGAUUUAUUUAUAGCACCACCAUUCGAUGAGUUGGAUGCCGUGGCCACGGAUGGUACCGGAGAGCCUCGACGCCUCACCAAUUCCCAGCUGAAGUCAUUGCGUGAAAAUGGCUUACAAAAGGACAAAUAUGGAAAACCCAAGAAAUUAACUUUGGAACAAUUGGAAACCAUACGUAAAAAUGGAGAAUUUAAUGUGCCUAGUCUACACUUUCCGGGUCAGGUCCACAAGUGGCGUUUGUCACAACUGCUGCAAAAGGGAACAUUGCGGGCCCAUGAUUCCUUUUUAAGCGAUUUGGCUUUGGCAGCUAGAUUUUUGGUGAUCACCGCUCGUGGCCGUAUAUUCUCACAUUUCUUCUCCGUUUGUCAUGCAAUCCAUGCCCUGCUGCAUGGCCUCAUCAAAUUGGUUGAUAUGUUUAUUGGAGUGCCGGCAUUGCUGGCCCACAAUUUGGACUACAAAAUCAAGGAGGAACGAUGUCGUUUUUUAAUAGCCGAGCUGGUGUGUAGGCCCGAAUUCGAGGACUGCCUGGACGGGCUGUGCUCCUAUGUCCGCAAAAUGCUGCGCCGCGCCACAAUGGAGAAAUUCGAUUUUAACAGCUGUGAAAGUACACAGCCCGUGCCAUAUCUAUUCCUCACGCCGAAAGGUCAAGAAAUCGAUUUGCGUCUCUUUUGUCGCGAUAUCAUGCGCAAGGCAUUGCCCAUUUUGAUUGGCAUAUUGGAACGUGAAACCCGUGGUUGGUUUCUACAUUUCCGUGAACGUUUGAUAGGCGAAUUAAGAGAUAAAAAAUUGACCGACAAGGAAAUUGAGGAGGAGGUAAACGAGGCUGUUAUGAAGGAAUAUUUGCAGAGAGUCUACACCUCGAUUAUGAAUAAUCCCAAACUGGCCGAAUUGGGUCAUGGCAUACCCGAGCUGUUGGUGCAACAGGCUCAGGCAGUGGUCAUAAUGUACAAGGCCGUGGAAAAGGUACAGAAUGACAUUAAACGAUCACGUGAAGAUCAUGAGAAAUGUUUGGCCAAUGACCAUGCAGUGCUGUCGCGAGUGGCUCCAUGGUUAAGGGCCAAAUUAAGGCAUGCCGAGGAGUCAAAACUCUCCAAGUCUGCUUGGUCGGCCCAUGAGGAGGCCUUGAAGAUGUGUACGAAACAAAAUCUGCAUCAAACGGCCUACUUCCUUAGUCGUGAUUUGGCCUUUAUGAAGGAACGCGAACCGGUACUCCUAAAGGAGCUGAAAAAUGCCAAAACUCCCACGCGCAGUUUCCAGUGGGCCUGUCGCAUUUGGUCUCCCAAGUCGUGGAUAAUCAAACGGAAUUUUCAAGGACAAUCGGAUAUCAUACCCACGGUAAUAAGUCAACAGGCCACCUCCAUUGUUACACCACGUUCGGAUCCCUCGCAACCGGUAUUUUUGGUGGAAAAGGAAAUCAUUCGGACCACAAGUACCCGCUGGCCAUUUUGGCGUCUACUGAAUCUCAUGCAACGAACCUGGUGUUGGACCUGGAAUAUGAUGUUUCUCUUGGGCAUCCUGGUGCCCUGGUGUAGUCCCCUGAGUCUGAGAGCCCUAUUCUGUGUUAAGCCUUUCAUGCCUGAUUUAGAACUGUCGCAAAUUAAUGGAACUCUAUUUCCGCGCAAGACAAGCAUAACACAGACUAUGGCAUCGAGGUUGAUAGAACUAUGGCGUCACAUAUCAAAAUCGCGGACACAUUUCGAAACGGAGCCGGAUACGGGUUUUAUUGGCAAGGGCUUUACGCGCAACCUAAACCGUGUUUGGAACUACUUUGUAAAGGGUUUUCUUGGGACGGUGGUCAUAUUGUUUGCCUUUCCGCUGCUCUGUUUGGCCACCAGCCUUUUGAGCAUUCUACUUGCCUUAACUGCCCCCUUUUGGAUACCAGUCUUCACCAUACUCCUACACAUCUAUAUGAUAUUAAUCUAUGAUCUCGAUUCGCCGGAUAAUACUCGUAACCGUUACUGUAUACUGCUGGAGGCAUUGAUAUGGAAUAUUCUAAUACAGGGCUGUGUGCAGCCCAUUGUGGCUGUAUUUGUGGCCAGUGUUGUGUGUCCCCUGGUAUCGGGUAUUAUACUGAUAGUUGGGGUCAUACGUUACUCUCUGCGCCUGUUCUGGGACUCGCUCACCUUCCAUUUGUUCAUUAAGAAAUGUGGCCGUAUACCAGCCUCCGAUAGUUUGGUGGUCAAACGUAUUGCCGGACCGGGUUUAGCUUUAGAUUAUUAUUUCGUUAUACGCCCGGAACAGGCCUUGGCUGCCUUUGAAGCCAAAAUGGAAUUGGAUGAAUUGCAAGCCUAUCAACAUGCCAUGGAACGCAUAAUACUUACCCCACAAAAAGAUUUUUCACAAUUUGUCGAAGCAUGCUUUGGCCCAUUUUCGGCUCAACUAUCCAAGUCGGGUCCCUAUUUGGCACUGGAUCGUGAGGCCCAAGAUUUGACUGCAACACUGCAUGAAAAGUUGGAGAAACGACGCCGUGAGCUACAGACAAAUUUAACGUCUCAGGUGAAAUCGCGCAUUAAAUUAACCACAAAGGAAUUAAAGAUUGCCAUACAACUUGCCGCCCAUAUCUUGGAGAAAUACUAUCCGUCUCAUAUUAUAGCUAGAUUAUCCAUAAGCGAAGAAGAAUUUUGGGAUAAUAAGGGCUUAACCGUCAACGAUUGGCCCGGUUUAGCCGGUCUCAUCUAUACGGAAAUAUUUAGUUUAGAUUUUCUAACGCCACUCUUAGAGAACGAUACCCAUUUCAAAUUGGAACCACAUCCGACAUUGGAUCUGUCACGCUACAGUGAAAUGGUACAGAAUGCCACCGAUGUUAUUGGUUCCAAGGGUUUAGAUUUACUGGGUAAUGUCUAUGCUCCGCGUGGUAAUGUCCAGGUACAUUUACCAUUUCUGGAGGUGACGGCAUUUAAUCCUCGGUCGAGAAUAACACUGAAUUUUAGAAAGCCCGAUAAGAGGGACAUGUCUGUCGGCUUGACCACACCUCGCGUACGCGCCCAUCGUGCAGCUCAACAAACAAAAACACCUGAGACCAAAAAACCCUGGCGUCCCUGGAAGAAGAAAGUCGAUGAGAAGAGUGUCACCGAAAAACUUUUAAUACCUCUGCCAGUGCCGCAUCCUGUACAUAUAGCGAUUAAUAUUUACAAUCGUGAUGCUGAACAUCCCAUACCAUUGGAUUCGGAAUUGGUGUGGGAAAUCUUGAAAUCCAUCGAGGAUUGCCAGGGUGGUGAUGCAAUGGCUGUAGCUCAACAAUCUGUGGCUCAUUAUCGUGGAGCUGUAACAGAAUCUAGUAACGAUUCGCUGGCAUCCAGCAGUAGUAUAGGAAGUACAAGAGAAUCAGCUUCAGCCACCGGUUCCGGUUCGGGUAUUGGCAAUGGCACCGAAACAUUGCCAUGUGUCAAUCGAGAGGUCUGUACCCAAGUCAAAGUUGCCGAAGAACAACCGCCCAGCUCUGGUUUUCAUUGGACCCUAAGUAAUUGGGGUGCAGCACAAACUGCCCGUAGACGUACAAAUUCAAAUGUACGCGUAGAUUUAGCCAGUCCAGAGGAUAUCUCAUUAGAUACGGACAGUUCAAGGGCUGUCUUUAAUCCAUAUGGGACAACAGUUUAGAAUACUGUGUGUGUCUAUUGAUCCAGCAGCAUUAUUAUGAUUAUUAUUAUUAUUAUCGAAUAAUAUGAAACUAAGUAUCGUCGUCAUAUGAAAAAAAAAGAAAAACAAAAAUCAUUUGAAACAAAAAACCAACCAAAAAAAUAAUGUUAAUUAAUGGUAAAUUGCUUUUUUAUUACUUUUUAUUAGAUAAACAAAAACAAAAAAACCAACAAACACUUUUUAUGUGUUUGCCAAGUAUGAACAAAAAACAAAUCUCUCGUAAGAACAAGAAAUAUGUAAAGCGAAAACGCAAGUGUUCUCUUUUCGAAAAGGAUUCACUUGCCCCAGUCAUUAACCGAACAAUUCUAAAAAAAUAUGAAUCAAACUAACUUUAAAAACAAAUAAACUCUAACUCUCUCCCUCUCUCCUCUACAUAUAUAUAGAUAUAUAGUUAUAUAAAUAUAAUAUAUAUAUUCAUAUAUAUAACAAAAAUAUACAUCUUUAUAUAGUAUAUAUAUAUUUCCAUUUACAUGCAUACAAAGAUAUACAUAUACUUAUACAGAAAAAAAAAAACGAAAAAAAUCAUAAUACCUUUAUACAUCAAACAAAUACAAUACAUAGUGUAUUUAAGAAAUAUCGUCAUAACACAACAACAACAAACAACACAUUACAUUUUUACCGACUCACAUGCGAAUUGUUGUAAUAUUUUAUGACAUAAUCGAUUAUCAAUGCUCUCUUUCUUUGCAAUCGUUUGUAUUCUUUAAUGAUAUCCAAACUAUAUUUUUUAAAUGUUUUUUUCUAUUUUUUUACACAUUUACAUCUAGUCGUUUAUAUAAAACAUUAUAUAUAUAUUUUUUAAAAUAGAAAGAGGCAAUAAAAUGUCAUUUGUUUUAUAUAUAUUUUCACAUAUAAAAUGCACUGCUCCGUUUUUGGAAGAAUAAGGAAGGGUAACUUAGAUGAUGUAAAAGGCCCAUAGAAGUAUUAAAAAAUAAGGGAAUUUGUAGCGAGUAACUUCUUUACAGAUACCUAAUUUAUAGACCAGAUAGCAGAUUUGCAAGCUUUGAUUGAAAGAGGUGUUUUCUAUAGGUCUUCUAUUGAUAGAAUGGCAGUUUCUAUAUGUCUUCCAUAUAUAGGAGAAUCUCGAUUGGUCAAUUACUAAAGAACUUUGUAUAAUUCUAUAUACAUGUAGAAAACCUCCUACAGUUUUAAAGAAUUACGGGUUUUCUGAGAUUUUCUGUAAAAAAGGCAUAAAAAACAACUAUAGACCUUUAAGAAAAAUAGCUUUCAUACAUCUAUUUUAUUCUGGCCGAUGGCCUUUUCCUGGCGUCAUAAAUAUUUUUAUGUAGAAAUCAGACAUCCAAUUUUAGUUUUAUAGCUAGGAUUGCAAUAAAUAUCUCGUAUAUAUAACUUCUUUGGACAAUCAGGUCUUCAAUAAAUAACGCUAUAACGCUCUGUACUAAAGUCUUUGGGUUUCUUGGAGUCUUUAUUGACGACAAGAGAAGAGCAUUUAAAAACUACCACAGGAUAUUGUUAUUCAAAGCGGAAUAUUUACAGCCCUACCAAAUACAAUUUUUCAAGUCUUCUGAAAGAACUCGUUUUAGAACCCUUGAAUAGGACACAUAAGAUAGACUUUUUAUCUGGCAAAAAAAUUUUCUUUAUAUGCCAAAGAUAUUUUCAAAUUUACGUGCAGAAGAGGGUCUUUAUAGACCAGAACAGAAUGGCCUUCAUAGAUGUCUAUGAAAGUAGCCUUUAGGCAAGUACAGUGUUUUAAUGACCAGCAGAAAUGAGUAUUUUUGGAGGACCAUAAUGCGGUCUUUUAUAGCCGAGAAAGGAGUCGUUUAAAUGGUUUUAUUGGCGAGUUUAAGAAAUUUAUAUACACUUUCCGGAGGUAGACUUUAUAUACCAGCCAGAGCAACGAGCCUAAAAUGUGCCGCAGGAAGCCUUAAUAAACGAGUCGGAGGGAGUCUAUCGACGAGACGCUGGGAGUCAAUAUAGGCGAUCCGAAGAAGGUCUUUAUUGCCGAGCCAGAGGGAGUCUGUAGACAAAGAAAAGGGAGCUGUCCCUAUUGACGAACAAGGUAGAAGGGAGUAGCAGAGCAAAAGGGAGUUUUAAAAGAUUUAUAUAGAUGAGACCAAGGUCUAGAGGCGAGCCAGAGGGAGUCCUUAUACUUAAAACUUCAAAAGGUAGUCUUUAUAGACGAACAGAGUAGGAGGGUGUCCAUGUAGAUGAGCAAAGGGAGUUUUUAGAAAUGACCUGAAGGGAAUCGUUAUAGACAACCAGAAGGGAGUUCUUGUAUAUGACCAGAUGAGAUUCGAGCUGAUACCAUUAUUUUUCGGAAGACGAGAAUGGACAGGGACUAUUCAGAGGCGACCAGACGAGCCCGAGGAAAUCUUUAUAGGCGAGCCGGAGCGAGUCUUUAUAGUAGAGCUGAAGGGAGCCUUUACAGACUCUAACAAGGAAGAGUGUACAAACCUUCAGAAGGGUGUCUUUAUAGACGAACUAAGUGGAAGGAAGUCCUUAUAGUCAAGCAAAGCAAAAGGAAGUCUUUAGAAACGAGAUGGAGGGAAUCCUUAUAGAUGACCGGAAAGGACUCUUGUAGGUGAUCAGAUGAGAGACGACCUGAUAUCAUUCUUUUCCAGGAGACGAGAAGGGGCUAUUCAUAGGCGACCAAACGAUGACCAGAAAAGAAUCUUGUAGGUGACCAGCUGAGAGACGACCUGAUAUCAUUCUUUUCCAGGAGACGAGAAGGGGCUAUUCAUAGGCGACCAGACGUUAGUCUUCCAAAUGAGCAGUUUUAUGGGCUACCAAACAUUCAGAUGCUCUAGUCUAAUAUUUUUUCGUCGAAUAUCUGACCACAUAGUUUAAUAUUUUUCUAUAGCAAACUUUUUAGAAAAAAUCCUCGUGUCAUCAGAGCUGAAGAAAUGGAGUGAGUCUCUCGGCUAUGAUGUGACCAUCGAGUUUGAUAUUGUUCUAUAGAAAAAUUCUCAGUCCACCAAGACAGGGCUUUUUUCUAUAGAAAAAUUCUCAGUCAUUCAAAGUUUAUGUUGACCGCAAAUGGACAGAAUUGAUAUUUUUCCACCAAAAAAAUUUUAAGACCCUUAAGAGGGAUAUUUUAUGAGAAAAUUAUAUAGACUGACAUUUUUCCAAUAAAAAAACUCUCCAUAUGACUAUUUUCAGAACCUCAGGGCUGAUAUUUUUUAAGACCCUUUAGGCUGAAAUUUUUUCACUAAGGCCCAUUGGGCUGAUUUGCCUGUUCUUCAAGUUUUAUAAUUUUCUUUAGAACAAUAUUUUAUGUCUUCAGGUUGGAUUCAUAGAAAAAAAAUACAGACCCAGAACUGUUAUUAGGCCUGAUUUUUUGGAUGAUGGACUUCUAUAAAAAAACAUUUAAAAUUGUUAAUUUCCAAAGUUUGAUCCUUUUUCUAGGGGGUUGAUUUUAUCUCCAUAUCUCAGAACUUUAGCAUUUUUAAAAGAAAUGCUGAUAUUUUUCUUAAAAAAAUCUAAUUCCACAGAGCAGAUUUGACUGUCUUCUGGUGAUUUUUUUAAUACAGACCCAGGAUUGUUAUUUGGCCUGAUUUUUUCUAUAGAAAAACAACCACAUGCUAUCAGAGAUGAUAGUUUUCUGUAAACAAACUUUACAAUUUUUAUAAAAAACUUAAUUUCCAAGGUUUGAUCCUUUUUCUAAGGGAUUGAUAUUAUCUCCUUAUCUCAGAGCUUCAGUAUUGCCAUUUUUUAUAAAAGAAAGGAUGAUAUUUUUUCUUAAAAAAAUUCUAACACCCACAGAGCUGAUUUGACUGUCAACCAGGUCUCAUGUUCUCUUCUUUGGAAAAAUUUCUCGAUACUUUUGGUUUUUUUAAUAGAACAAUUCUCAAUCUCCCAGGAAUGAGAAUAAAAGAACAUGUAAGGCCACUGAGCUGAUGUUCUUGUUCUUGUUCGUCAAGUUCGAUGUUUUUUUUU